CUGGGUGUGUUUUGUGUAAUAUAUGUAAAAGGGUCUUUGCAGUUCUCACUUCUCCCAUUUCAAAGGCAUCUGUUGAUUGUCAGCAAGUGGCUCUAUGGCUGUCUGUGUGUGUGUGUGUAUGUGUGUGUGUGUCUCUUUAAGAAGAGAGGGAGGAGGUGGAGGGAGGAGGAGGGAGGCUAGUCUCGGAGUUCAGCUCUCUUUUUUUUUAACUGAAAUUCCUCUCUCAAGAGUUUGGCAUUUCCUCUGAGCACACAGUCAGAAAGCCCUUUCUCUCUCACUCUCUCACUCCCUCUCUCACUCCCUCUCUCCCUCUCUCUCUCUGUCUGUCGUGUGUUCUCAAAGAGCCCGCCACACCGAAGGGGGGAUUUUCAAACAUCCUAACUGAAGGGACGCGUCUCUCGACCUCGGAGCUGCGCUGCAUCACUCAGUCGGAGACACCACAGCUGUGAACUUUAACCUCCUCACCCCGGCGUACGGAAGGACGACUGGAAACGAGAGAAGAAAGAAAAAGCAAAGGAAGAAGAAAAGAAGAGAAAAGUUGAGGGGAAUUGAUUCAGUUCUUCAGUGCUCAUCAACAUACACAGAGAAGAGGAGAAGAGGAACAGUCUGGUUGGUUCACCACUGGAAGUUCAUGGUCGUAUUCACGAUGGGCUAGUGUGCCCAGACUUCUCCCCAUACUUCCACUCACAGGCUAGUGGAAAGGAUCUGUGUGUGUGUGUGUGUGUGUGUGUGUGUGUGUGUCGUGGGGGAGGAUGAGUCUCUACACCCUGAACCUGCGUGUGUUCUGGCCUCUGCUCACCUGUGUGCUGGCCGCCCUGGCGCUGCUUCACCACCUCACCCUCACCACCCGGAGCGCGGAUACCUCGGCGGCAGACGGCUGCCAGGACCCGGACCACGGGACCCUCUCGCUCCUCAAGUACGCGCUGGUCUUUGCACUCUGCUACUUCUUCAUCCGCUACUGCGCCUCCCGGCCCGCGGAGGGGAAGAGGGGGCUGGGCAGGGCCCUGCUGCUGGAGGGCCACGGGAAGGCCCGGCGCGAGCUCCUGGAGGAGUACUACGAGAGGGAGGUGCGCUUGUCUCCCCACGUCCUGGGCCACAGCAAGGCCCACGUGGCCAAGCUGGUGAGCGAGCUGGUGAAGGUGGGCCGCACCGACGGGCCUCCGGAAUCUUCUUUGGCCUUCCGCGGUGACUACAUGCAGAUCGGGAGCUCGUACGAGGAGCACAAGGUGGGUUCGCCGGACUGCUUUGAUAUUUUGGUUCCGCUGCGGCUACCCCGCGGACUCACUCUGGAUCCGGUCGUCUUCUCCGAGCGUCCCGGAGGACCUCCGCUGUCCACUCUGGAGACGCCGCGGCGGUCCGAAUGGACACGGCGGCACCGGGCAUUCACCGAUAGCUUCCUGCGGCCACAUGUCUCCGCGGGCGUCCAGCGUCUCAGCCCGGACUGCGUGCUGCGCUGGUUUUACCCGGCCGCCCAGCGUUGCCUGGCGACGGUGCGCUACCCUUUCGAGCAGCGAUGUGCCCUCAGCCUCUCUCUCGGCGAGCAGCAGAGGGUUCAGCUCCGCCUGACGCCGCGCUCCGACUACGUCUGCUGCCACAUCUCCAUGGGCGUGCGGCUCAUCCCUGCCUUCCCUCUGGGCGACUCUGCCUUUCUGGUCCCUACGACGGACCCGCGCCACCCAGGCGAGGACCUGUGGGCUGUCUACUUCCCCAAGCAGGAGCAGCGUCUGCUGGGCUGGCUGAAGGGAAGGCUACCCUCUGGCUCCUGCCACCUGAAAGUCCUUCAGCUGGCCAAGGAGGUGCGGGAUUUAGGCGGGCAGACGCUGGAUAACCAGGCCCGUGCCGAAUGGAAGGGGGUGCUGUCCUCCUACACCCUGAAGACCGCCUGGCUGCGGCUGCUUUUCAGCACGCCCCCCGAGGCCUGGGAGGAGCGCCACCUGGUAGACCGGCUGGAGGACCUGCUGCGGAGCCUGAGAGAGGGCCUGCAGGGCUGCGUCUUGAAGCACCUGUUCCUCGGGGGCGACGCGGCGGGGCUGCUCCCCGACUCCGUGUCUCUGCCCAAGCUCGUGAAGGAGAUGGCGCCGUCCAACCUGUGGGAGGUGUUCAGCGCCGCCUCCCUGGAGCUGGUGGCGGCGCGGCUCACCUACACCUGGGCACACCUGCACCGCCUCAUCAGACUGGGCCGGCCCCAGAGGAGUAGCCUGGGCAGGGGCCUGCACUGCAAGCACAUAGAGGCAGAGUGAAGCGCCUCCGUAAACCAAGCCCACUGAAUCUAACAGCAAUAUAUAUUACUGAGAAUCCAGGGAAUCCCUUUGCUUCAGUGCAUUUGAUAUAAAGAGAACAUUGAGGAUAUUGAUUGGUUUGAUAACUAACGUUUUGUUGACAUUCAUGAGGCCAAACAGUGAUCUCAUUACGUGUUAAUGGUGAUUUUUUUUGCACCGCUAGAGUCGACCAUAUGUUUUAUUGGGUAUUUAUCAGCAGACAGUGCCUUAAGGAAGUCCUUACCUUUUCCAUAUGGAAAAAGUCUGUAAAAUUCAUAUAUGUUCAUUUUUAUAUAAUAUAAAUGAUAAUAGUGUGUUAACAUACAUAAUUAUGGCCUCUGUCACAUAUAGCAACAUAGAUAAUAUGUUUUAUAUAUGAUCUACCUUGCACAUUGAAGAGCAUUAUGCCAUUUUAGUAUGUAAUGUAUAUGCAAGCUCUUCACCACAGAUUUAUCAUGCAGGUAUUGCACAUGCCAAGUGUGAUUCCUAUAUGUUUUUACAGACAUUUUCCAUAUGUGAGAGAACAGCCCUAUAUUUCUUUUGGGUUUCCUUAAACCAAAGGUCCAAAGAUGGUGAUCUCUGAAGAUCAAAGAUGGAUUGAAUCUUGAAUGUAUAGAUUCAUGACUGUAUAUAGAGUCGAUGGUAUAGAUGCACUAUAUACUCUGUAUACAGUCAGUGGUAUAGAAGCACAAAUUAAGCUUCCUAGGUACAGCAGAGAUGUCAGUAUCUGAGACUUUUUCUUACUUUGAAGUAUGUAGCAGUUGUUACAGUACGUAGCAGUUGUUUUUGUACUGUCUAUCUUAUUUAUCUGGGUACUGAUCAGGGACAAAGUAAUUAGAGGAUACAUUCCAACUUUGUAGGCAUAAUUGCUGUUCAUUUUGGGAACAACAGGAAGUGAACACAAAAGCUGGGCUCUUUGUUCAAUUAGCUGUCUCAGGCACCAGAUAAUGAAUGUCAGAGGAAGUACCCUGAAUGGUACGGUUGAAACCCAAUGAUA